ACAAUUUAAUUCCUAAAAUAGUUGACAACUUUUAAACUAGAAGCAAUAUUUUGUGUUCUAAAAUAAAUUUUCUAGCUUUGUGGCAAGAUGGCGGAAAAGUCAAAUAAAAAAUUGCCUGCGGUGCAGCAGCAGCAGCAGCAGAUUAUUGAAGAAUUACCAAAGGGACAGCAGCAGCAGCAGCAGGACACAAAAAGGACUCCAAAAAAGAGAAUGGUCAAAUAUACUGAUAUCCUGAGCCAAAGCGAGCUGGACGAACUCCUAAGGCCAGUGGAUGAUUUCGACGAUGAGUGGGAUGAAGAGAUCUCCGUGGCGCAGCACGAAAUCAACUGCCAAGAAUGGGAUCAUCUGGUGAAAUAUAUCAAGAUUCCACACUAUUAUAUCGAACUGAUUAUGGAAUCGAAUGGUGUACAGUUACCAGAAAAUUUCAGGAGAUUGGAUUUUCCAAUCCGUUCGUUUGCGCCCGAAACGGUUGCCAUCAUGAAGGAAGCGCUGCUCCUGGAGGCCGCUUUCCGGCAAGGACUUAAACACUCGACCGAAUGGACCCUUGACACCGAUGUGGCUGAACUGGAAGCAGCGCUACGCAAAGCUCGCAUCACACCUCUGACGGACACACUGUCCUUGAUGACUAAGAGCGGCUGCUAUCCUCGCCUUGAGGACAUAAGUCCACCGAAAAUAUUUGCCUCACCGUCGAAAAGGUACCAGAAGGACGUGCCAUGCGAUCCGCCGGAAUCAUCCCAGAAUAAGCGUCAACGUCUCAUAGAAAAGGCUUGCCAAAAGCAAGCAUUGCUCCAGAGGCAAGAACAGAAAUCGUUGAAAGAACAACGCAAGUCGAAGGAUUUUAAAGACACCAAGUCUUCCUUCGACUCGCAGUAUAGCUCCUAUAAUUCUUGGUCUUGUUCUGGUUCGAAGUCUAGGGUUGCUCUCUCACCAAGCGCCGCCGAACGUGUUCAACAUGAGAUGCGACUGCGCGUGAAGCAAAUUGAUGAAGCACUGAAGAGAAGCCCCAAAUCGAAGGCGCAGGCUGGUCAUCGCAGCAGGGGCAGUUCCCCUGGGUCCCGCUCUGGUUCAGACUCUGACUCCAGCUCUGGAUCAAGCUAUAGAUCAAGCUCUGCGUCAAGCUCUCGAUCAAGUUCCUCUGGGUCAAGUUCUGGAUCAAGUUAUUAUUCAAGCUCCGAAUCUGACAAUGAAAAUGAAACCUUGCCAAAAUCUGCCAUGCAAAAACUAUAACUAUAAUUUCAGUGGAAUCAAAAAAAACAUCUCCAUUUAUCACCAAAAAUAUCUAAAAUGUAAAAAAUAAGCUCAGUGAUCCCCAAUGCAGGUCCAGCCGUGGAUCCAGCUGCGGGUAUAGAUCCAGCACAGGUCUCGGCCAUGAAAACGCUGUAACUUCAUUCGAAGCAAUAAAACAUAUAAAUAUAUCAUCGAACACAUCCGAAAAAUAAGCUUUGUAAUCCGCUUCAGAACAUUUAUGCCUUGAUUUCGUCAGAUUGUGUCAG